AAAUUUUCUCUUUUAUCAUGUAGUCACAGUUUCUGUAAAGAGUGUCUUCAACAGUUCUGGAGAACCAAGGAAACUCAGGAGUGUCCUGUUUGCAGGAGAAGAUCCUCAAAAAAUCAUCCUCCAGUUAAUCUUGCAUUAAAAAAACUUCUACCCAUCAGUGAAGUUGUUCCAUCAUAUAAGUCUCAAGCUGAGCACACAGAGCAUCAGAUUAAACAGCAGUUUGAGAAGCUUCAUCGGUUUCUUAGAGAUGAAGAAGAAGCUACAAUCAUUGCACUGAGGGAGGAAGAGGAGCAGAAGAAACAGAUGAUGAAGGAGAAGCUGGAGGAGAUCAACAGACACAUCUCAGCUCUUUCAGUCACAAUCAAAGAUAUGGAGGAGAUGAUGAAAGCCAAUGAUGUCUGCUUUCUAAAGGAGUUUCCAGUCUCAAUGGAAAGAGUCCAGAUCUCACAGCCGGAUCCACAGACGCCUUCUGGAGCUUUGAUUCAUGUGCCACGUUACUUGGGCAACCUGCCGUUCAGAGUCUGGAAGAAGAUGCAGGACAUUGUCCAAAACACUCCUGUGAUUCUCUAUCCAAACACGGCUCAUCCACGUCUUGUCUUGUCUGAUGAUCUGACCAGUUUGAGAUGGAGCGAGAUCAAACAAUCCGUUCCUAAUAAUCCAGAGAGAUUUGAUGAUUAUUAUUGUGUUUUGGGUUCAGAUGGUUUUAACUCAGGAACACACUGCUGGGAUGUGGAGGUUAAAGAGAGUUUAUGCUGGAGUCUUGGAGUAACUACAGCAUCAAACCAAAGGGGGUGUGAUUUCUAUAACACUGAUGUAUGGAAUGUGCAGUAUGAUCAGUAUGGACUGUAUGAAAGGUCUGGUUUUAUUGUUAAACAAUAUCUUGAGCGUGUGAGAGUGAAUCUGGACUAUGACAGAGGAGCGGUGUCAUUCUCUGAUCCUGAUUUUACCAUUGUGUAG